AUGAAGUUAUUCCAAUUCUUCAUUUUGCUCACGAUUUAUCUACAAGGUGCCUUUGCUGUCAAGGAUUACCUCUUCAAAAAAUGUGCACAAUCUGGGUUUUGCAAUAGAAACAGACAUUUUGCUGGCGAAGUCUCUAAAAACCCUGAUUAUGUUUCAAAAUACUCAAUUGAUGAGUCAACAUUGAACUAUAUUGAAUCCAACUCCACUAUCCUUGGUGAUAUCUACAAAAAAGUCAACGAUGCUAAAUCUGUUAGAUUACCAUUCCAGAUCAACAUUUUGGAAAAUAACAACAUUAGAUUAAGAGUUGAUGAAGAUCGUUCCCAAAUUGAAUGGAAUAAUAAGUUUUUGAACAAGGAAAGAUUCGCUGAUGCUUGGAAGUAUGCUUUCAAAGGCGAACCUGUUGUUUCUCAAAACUAUAAAUUCAAUGACUUACAAAAUGGUAAAAUUUCAGUGAUUUAUGGUGAUAAAGAUCAAUACGAAUUGGAGAUCUUUACCCAAGACUUCAAAGUUGUUGUUAAAUAUAAUGGUGAAACCCAAUUGGUGCUAAAUGAUAGAUCAUUUUUAAACAUCGAACAUUUUAGAAAAGAAGAUGAGAAUGAAGCAAACUUAACACCAGAAGAGUCAAGCUUUAAUGGUUUCCAUGACGAUUUCCAAGAUUCAAAAGAUGAUUCCGUUCCAUUUGGACCAGAAUCUGUUGCAGUAGAUGUUACUUUCAAAGGUUUCAAACAUGUUUAUGGUAUUCCAGAACAUGCUGAUAGCUUAUCCUUAAAAGAUACUUCCGAAUCGGAACCAUAUCGUUUAUACAAUGUUGAUAUCUUUGAAUAUGAAACUGAUAGCAGACUUCCAAUGUAUGGUGUUAUCCCAUUCAUGGUUGCUCAUAAAGUUGGUGUCUCUGCAGGUAUCUUUUGGGUUAACGGUGCAGAUACUUAUGUGGAUGUUAAAAAAGAUCAAGAAUCCCAAGAUGAACAAGUUUUAAGCUCAAAAAUUGAUUCAAAGACUCAUUGGAUCUCAGAAAAUGGGAUUUUAGAUGUUGUCAUCAUAAUUGGCGAAACUCCAACCGAGGUUACACAAUCUUAUGCUUCAUUAUCUGGUAAUGUUCAACUUCCACAGUUGUUCUCAUUAGGGUACCAUCAAUGUAGAUGGAACUAUAAUGAUGAAGAAGAUGUUUUGACAAUCACAGAGAACAUGGAUAAAUUUGAAAUUCCAUAUGAUGUUAUUUGGUUAGAUGUUGAGUAUACUGAUGCUAAGAAAUACUUCACUUGGAAAAAAGAGUUAUUCCCAGAUCCUGAACGUAUGCUCAAUAAAUUGGAUGAGACUGGAAGAACACUAGUUGCCAUUAUUGAUCCUCAUUUGAAGACAGGUUAUGAAGUUAGUAAAGACGUUGAAUCUAAAGACCUUGCAUUAUUAAACAAAGAUGGUGAUAUUUUCAAAGGUCAUUGUUGGCCAGGUGAAUCUGUUUGGAUUGAUACAUUUAAUCCAAAAUCAUAUGAUUAUUGGACUUAUUUAUUCAGAAAUAGUACUGGAUUAGCUGGUGAUGCUACAAAUUUCCACAUCUGGAAUGAUAUGAAUGAACCUUCCAUUUUCUCUGGUCCUGAAACUUCAUCUCCAAAAGAUCUUGUCAAUUAUGGCGGUCUAGAAAUCAGAUCAGAUCAUAACAUUUAUGGUUUAACUUUCCACGAGGCAACUUAUCAAGCUUUAAUUGAUAGAUAUGUCAAUAAGAGACCUUUCAUUCUAACAAGAGCUUACUAUUCAGGGUCUCAAAGAUCAGCAGCUAUGUGGACUGGUGAUAAUAUGUCUAAAUGGGAGUAUUUGAAGAUUUCCUUACCAAUGAUUUUAACUUCAAAUAUAGCUGGUAUGCCAUUCGCGGGUGCUGAUGUUGGUGGGUUCUUUGGUAAUCCUUCCAAGGAAUUAUUAACAAGAUGGUAUCAAGCUGCUGUGUUUUAUCCAUUCUUUAGAGCACAUGCUCAUAUUGAUUCAAGAAGAAGAGAACCAUGGAUUGCCGGUGAACCUUAUACUUCUUAUAUGAGAGACGCCGUCAAAAUCCGUUAUUCAAUUUUACCAUUGAUUUAUACUAAAUUCUAUGAAUCUUCAAAAACCGGUGUACCAGUUAUCAAUCCAUUAUUUUAUGAAACUCCUUCAAACCCAAAGACUUUUGAAAUUGAAGAUGAAUUCUUCCUAGGUGGAUUAUUAGUGAAACCAGUUACUGAUGAAGGUGCAGAAGCUGUUGAAAUUUACUUACCAGAUGAUGAAAUUUAUUAUGAUUAUGAGACUUUUGAAAGUUUACAAGGUGAAGGUGAUCAUAAAGUUGAUGCUCCAUUAGAAAAAAUACCAAUCUUGAUCAAAGGUGGUUCAAUUACUCCAAGAAAGGAUAGAUAUCGUAGAUCAUCCAAAUUGAUGAAAUAUGACCCUUACACAUUAGUCAUUGCUCUUGAUUCAAACAAAUCUGCAAAAGGUAGCUUAUACAUUGAUGAUGGGGAGACCUUCAAUUAUGAAAAUGGUGAAUUUUUAUAUAUUGAUUUCAGUUUACAAGAUGGUGAAUUACAAGCUGUUGUUAAAGAUGGCUCAUUAUCUGUUCCAAAUUCUAUUGAGAAAAUCUUGAUUGUUGGCUUGGAAAAUGCUCCAGCUUCUGUUCAAGUGUCUCAAGGUUCUGAAUGGAAUGCUGAUGUUAUUCAAGAGACAAACUAUGCAAUUAUCAAAACCCCAGGUGUUGAUUUGAGUAAAGAUUGGUCCAUCAAGUUUUAG